GUGGGCGGAGCCUUUAUUUUGAGGACGUAGACAAAAAUCGACGUAGUAUUUCUUUAUCGUCAGUGGCCGUAGUUUGCAUUGGUCAUUUUUUGUUACUGUGUAUCGCCAGAUCUCUUUUCAAACCACCAGCAUUUGCAAACAUGGUCGCCAAACAAAGGAUGCGAAUGGCCAACGAGAAACACAGCAAAAACAUCACCCAGAGAGGCAACGUCAAAUCAACGAAACCCGUCUCUGAUGAAAAGGUGGCGGUGGGACCAUGGCUUCUGGCACUCUUUAUCUUUGUUGUCUGCGGCUCAGCUAUAUUCCAGAUCAUUCAGAGCAUUCGAAUGGGCAUGUAAAAAGGACCAAGGAUUUCCUCAGCUGUCCACUCCUUGCCAGUUUCACAUACUGCACCCAACUUUGUAAUGGAGCCCCUUUUGAAGGCUUUUUCAAAUUUCACUGAUUUGUCUUCUGUGAGGUGCAACAAACUUGUCAUUCCUCUCUGGUGCCUUAUUAAAUAAGGAAAAUCAAGAAGCCAUACAACUGCAUUCCGAUCGAUUCCAGUGUUGUCAAUUUACAUUGAUGUUAUGUAAAAAUGUUUCAUUGCAAGGAUUGAUUCGAUUUGUUAUGUGUGAAAUGUGGUUUCAUUCAUUCCAAAAAUUAAUGUUAUACAAUGUUUUAAUGGGGUUUUUGUUUCCUUUUUAAUCCACCCUAAACAUUCUGUCAUUGUGUAUUUUAGCACAAAAUGUCCCUUUAAGGUCACAAAAUAAUUUGUAUGCUGAUCAAAUUGUGGCUCUUUUUUCUUUUUUAAUUUAAUAGCUGCCUCUCUGUAAUUUUUUUGUAAUUUUUUUCCCACACAUUUGAGCGUCAGAAAUAUCAAUAGUUCUCUGGCACAUAUAGUUUUGAAAUUGUGGACCUGUUCACCACAAUACUGGAUUUUUCUUAGAACAUAUGAUGUUAUGUGUGUCAUGGUAGCACAAAGAUAAAGAGGAACAGUGUACGGGCUGAAAUAAAAUGUUUUAAAAGGAAUAAAUACAUGUUGUUGA